CCUGCACCUGGUAGCGUGACGUCACCGGCCACCUGCAUCGCGGAAAGCAGCGGCGUCCUCGCGUGCGCUGGGUUUUAGGGACGAGCGCGUGCCCUGCAGUGUCUCUGUGCCCUCUCUCUCUCUCUCUCUCUCUCUCUCUCUCUCUCUCUCUCUCUCUCUGUGCUGAGGAUGAAAGAAAUUAAAGAUAUUUUUCCUGAUUAUCACGACGGGGAGUUUCUGGCUCCUAAAAGCGGGGCGAAGCUGGCCUCUCUCUUUGGUCUCUGCCAAGCUGAGUCUGAAGGAAAUGAUUCUUUCAAGUUCACUGCCCCCAAGCAACCCAAAAAAGUCCCCUCUACUCUUGGUCCACCUCCUCAGAAACAAGCCCCUCCUCCAACAGCACCAGCUGUCUUAUUGGCUGUUGCUGUCCAUGCGUUUCACUUUGUGAAUGGACAAUACGUGAAGCAUGGCAAGUUGGGAGCAGCCAUCCUGGGAAACCAUGUGACUAAAGAGUAUAAAGUCCUGCUGUAUGGGAGUCAACAGAAACAAAUCACUACAGCACGAAUCCAUCAUGGAUUUGUCCUCACGGUUCAGACUGGGAACUACACUGCCUUCUAUGAUGAUCAGCGGCAGAGCUGGUCUGUGAAGUUCGACUCGGAGGAAGCUAGGAUAGAUUUCUGUAAAGAGGUUUGUGUGGCCAAGUGGAACAGUCAGACCUGCAGGGACACUCUGCUGACUCAGGACUUGGUCCAUGGAGAGGGACAGACCAUCAGCAUGGGGGACACAGUGGAGGUGGCCUUGUCUAGCUGGCUGCUUCAGAAUCAUGCUGUGCGACAGUUAUUUGAUUCCAACUCGUGUAAAGACGAGCUCCAGCGAGUGAGCCUGGGCUCUGACACGGCUAUGAUGGGAUGGGAAAAGGGGAUGUUAGGGAUGCAGAAAGGAGGUCGACGUCUUAUAAUUGUUCCCCCCAGCAUGGGUUAUGGAUCAAAAGGCGUUCCACACCGUGUACCACCUUCUAGCACACUAGUGUUUGCCGUGGAGGUUCAUCAGGUUAAUUUCUCCAAAGAUGCAGAUUGCCUUGCUGCAGGAUCUACACACCGCAACAAGUCUCUAGUCCCUGGUCUAGACAGAAUAAAUAUUGAGAGUUCAGUCCAGUCUGCUUUGAGCUGCUCGGACCAAGGAGAUCAAGCUCAGUGGGUUAAGUGCAGAACUCUAAAUGAGCUUCCAAAGCUUCCAGAUGCAGACAAAGCAAAGCUAAUCUCCCGCAUGGCUAAAAUGGGCCAGCCCACGUUGCCUUUCCUGAAAGUACCAGCUCAACCAAGUGACCCUGCGAUAGAGGAAAGCAGAGAGUCUGCGUCAGUGUGUGGUUCGUCAGCCCAAGCCGCUUCUUCAUCUCUACUGCCUGUAGAAACAGCUUCCUCAGUAUCAUCAUCCGCUGCCGUCCAACACCCAGAGGCAGUGAAUACACGCACAGCUCAGGAGGUGCAAGUCUGCUCAGAUCGAGCUUUCCAGCCUUAUUCUGCAUCACAGCUGCAACCUUUCACAUUAACCUUUCCACCCCAGCACACACCAUACCUGACUGACAUUGGCUCCUUCAUGAUGACUGAGGCACGGCAGCACAAUACUGAAAUCCGGUUAGCUGUUGCAAGAGUGACUGACAAAGUUGACUACUUGGCUUCUAAGGUGGAUGAACUACAUAAGCAAGGUAUCUGCUCUUUUGCUCUCUCCAGUGGAUCUCUGGAAACAACCAUGAUCUUGCACAAUAUACAGAGAAUUAUUCAGGAAAAUGCCAGUCUGAAGAAGGAGGUUCUAGAGAAGGGCUCUAGAGUGGAGGAACAGGACUGUAAAAUAGGAGAGCUCAUUGAACAGAGGUGUAUGGAGAAAAGCAGCUUGCUGUUGGAACAGACAAAUGACGUUCUUCAGAGCAGCAGUCAUCAUGCCAGGCUUCUAAAAGCUGAACAGGAGAAGUUCCCUGUACAGAGAAAAGAAUCAGUCACUUCUAAUGAAAACCUGAAGGAGCAUUUGGCUGAAGAGUUGGACGCGUCCUCUUCUCGUGUGUGUAAGCUGCAGCAGGAGGCAGAUGGUCUCCAGCAGAGGGUGACGGAGCUGCAAGCCGAGCUCAGUGCCGUCCUGCAGGAAAGCCAGAGCCGCUGUGCUCUAAUCAGUUCUCUGGAGUCUAAGGUGGAAGAGUUGAAGAAGGAGGUUGCGCAGUCUCAGCAGCAGUGGAGAGAAGAGAAACAGAAGUGCAGAAAGAUGGAAUGGAAAAUGACGAACAUAGAGGAGGAGAUCCAAGACCUGAGGGCAGAGAAUGAGAGCGUUACCCAGCUGCUGUCAGACAGGAAGAGGAAGUGGCAGCAGGAACGGGAGCGCUUUCUGCUGGACCAGGAGGAGCAGCGCAGCAGCAGUGAGCAGGAACAACAGCAUCUCCUUGACCAGCUCAGGAAAGCCCGAGUCCAUGCUGGAACACACAGCAGACCACAGCUUGAGCUGGAGUGGCAGGAGAGGUGUGAUGCAGUACUGAAGGAGCAGAAAUUAAAACUAGAAGAAGUGAUUUCUCAGCUACAAAAACAGAAUGAAAAAUUACAAGAGGAACUGGAGAAAGACAGACAGCAACUUGAGGCCCAGCUGGCUGUACAGGUGAAAUGGGUGAUGAAUGGGCUGUUCCGCUCUCUGAGGGCAGAGUUUGAUCUGCAGGAGUCUUAUUCUGGUGAAUCUGUCCUAAAGAUAGUCCUCAGCACCAUCAAGUGUGUGACCAUGCGAUUCCUUAAGGAGCAAAAGUCGGAGGAGGAGGAGGAGGAGGAGGAGGAGGAGGAGUACAUCUCUGCAGAGGAGAGCCCGAGUGGAAGAAUGGAAGAACAUGGAAUAAAAAGUGAGGAAAUGGACAGCCCCCAGAGCCUAGACCGCACCUAUGUGACAGCAUAUGAAAGCAACAGUCUAGAAGCCUCUGAAGUGAGCAGGGAUUCUUCAUUAGCUUCAGAUGUAGAGAAGCAGCCAUUGAACCUCACUGAGUGAAGGGUUUGAAAAUGAGAUCCGAUGUUAAUCGUAACUGGAGACAUAAAUUAGAUGUAAAAAAUCCAGUAAUUGGAACCUGCACUCAUUCACUCAAUGACUGUUCCAAAAGGGCAAUUAGAGGUGGUGUAGGACAGGACGGUCAAACUCCAGCCUGUUUACACACACUGGAUCAACUUGCUGUUUUUUCUUUUACCAGGUUAGUAGUGUCUGAUAACAAGAAAAUAUAAAAAUGAAUAAGAAAUUUUUGAGCUGGAUAAUCACUACAAUCAUCACUACUAUCACCAUGAUUUUGUAUUAAAAAAUGACUUUCUAUGCUGGAAUAGUUGCAGAACUUUAAUUAUAUUGUAUAGGUUAUAUUUAUAUGAACAGAUUUAAUGUCUUCACAUUGCUCUGUUUAUAUUUCUUUGACCUGAGUAUAAAAUAGUAUUUUUUUUAAUGUAAUAAAACAGCAGAUAUAACAAGACUAGGUAAGAAGUUAAUAUGUAAUUUACAGUUGUAUUUAGUAUGUUAAAGAUUAUUUUAAGAACAUUUUAGAUAUGAAUGGACACUGCAUAGACAUACUGUAAGGUGAGUUUAUUUUGAAUAUUCAUAACACUACCCACAACAAUAACAAAAUUGCAUGAGAUCUAUCAGAAUGUCAAAGUUACUUAAAUAAUAUAUAAUAAUUCUUAUAGAGUCUGUUGAGAGAAGUUUCAAAAUGACUAUUUCACAUUUAAGGCAAAAACAUGCACAGUAUGUCUUACAGGAAUUACACAGCCUUGGUCUUAUGCAAAGUGUUUCAGUGUUUUCACAAUGAUUAGUUAGUCAAAGUUAAUGAAAUGGAACACAGUAUAUAAUCGCUGCUGAUUUUGCUUUUGCUACACGAGUCUCUAUCUCUAUCCAGGUCUGAUUAGCAGAAUGUGUUUGCAUUAGAUAAGCCUUCUUAUUUUGGAAUAUGGAACAUUUCACAAUAAGCGUUAAAACCACAUACAGGGAUACAUGUGUGACGACAGCAACAUUGAGUAGUGCGUAAGUACAAGUGAGUGCUUUGGGAGCAGAUUUUUAUAUUUAAAAUGAUUUGACAUGCUUAUGCAGUACUGUGCGAAAGUCUUGGGCCUCCUGAGAAAUGCAAGUUAUCAAGCUUUAUCAAGUCUCCACCAUACAUCACUACAAUCAAUAAAAAUGAACAAUAUGUUAAUUACUACAACAAAACUAAGGUAUUUAUGUGAGCUUUGGUAGAAUUGUAUGUUCUUCCUUUAAGUCAAUGACUGCUGCUUUUCCCUUUCCCACACAGCGGCUCUUACGCUCAGCUGAACGCUCUGAGAUAGAUGAUUUAAUACUGCACACGACCAUCACACUGCCACCCACACUCAUGCCUGCAGUGUUUGGAUGGACUUGUGUGUUAGCUGCUUAAAGAUACAGCGUGAUGCGUCACAUGGUUUGCAUGUUUCGUUUUGCCCAUGUUUUGUUUUUUUUUUUGGUAAAAGUUCCACCACAAGCACACCAAAAUUUCUUGUUACUUUUAUUGUAUCAGUGUUAAGUUACAUUUAUUCUAACACUUUAAAGUAUUUUACAAACACUGCCCAUUUAAAUAGCCCUAAAUAUUGCAGGACCUAGACUU